AUGCUCAUCAAUGGACCGACAGAGUGGAGUAAGGCGCUGAUCGCGACGGGCGUCAAAGGAAACCUGCUGCAAGAUGGUAUCAAUACUAUUGCCUGCAAUGAUUUCCUUCUUACUUUGCUUACGAUUACUUGUUGCUGGCCCUGUCCCGAAGGAUACAACCCGAGGUUGCAGGUGUCGGCGAUGCCGCUUGGCUCGACAGUAGUCAUCACGCGCUAUGCAGACAUGGACAGCACUCCGGGAUUUGGGCGAGGCGUAUUGGAGCAACCAGCAGAUACUUUGAUAUUACAUGAAGAUGACUCGAACGGC